AUGGCAUUCGGUGACUUUGCAUCCAUCUGUUCCAAAACUCCGCUCCCGCUGUGUUCGGUGGUCAAAUCAUCUAAGCACUUGGUACUGGGAACCCAGCAAACCAUGCAGGAUUUCGAUCCCAAGAACAUCACCAUCGGCAUUCUGCCCAAGUGCUACGCGCGUUCCAUCGAUGUGGCCAAUACUGUGGUCUUCCAGAUUGGUAACGCGUUCGUGAAUAUCGGAGCGCUCGGGGUCAUCUUGUUCAUGAUUUAUUCUACGCGCCAAAAAUAUACCGCCAUCGGCAGGUCCGAGUACAGCUUCUUUUUCGAGCUGUGUUUAGGACUUAUAGUAUUCACCCUGGUGGUGGAUUGUGGUGUCUCUCCACCCGGAUCACGUUCGUACCCAUAUUUUGUCGCCAUUCAAAUUGCAUGUGCCAGUGCUUGUUGUUGGACAAUGUCAGUUUUAGGGUUUCUCGGAUUUAGAUUUUGGGAAGACGGAACCCACAAAUCAAUGGCUUUGGUUCGCGGUGCUGCAUUCAUUGGUUUUGUGAUCAGUUUCUUAGUGGCUAUCUUUUCAUUCAAAGCCUGGGAUACGGCGUCUUCAUUCACAAGUUCAAACACCAUGGGGCUUUUCAUCGUCAUGUAUGUGAUCAAUGCGCUAGCCAUUUUUUGUUACAUUCUCUGCCAACUUGUGGUUUCAAUUUUUGUGAUCAGUAAUUUAUGGGCCGCGGGCGCGGUCUUGGUCGGUGUGUUUUUCCUGUUCGCGGGACAACUCUUGACUUAUGCGUUUUCUGACUCAAUUUGUAUUGGCGUCAAACAUUAUUUGGAUGGGUUGUUCUUUGGAAGUCUUUGUAACAUUUUCGCAUUGAUGAUGAUCUAUAAGACUUGGGACAUGACUACUGAUGACGAUCUUGAAUUUAGUGUGAGUGUCAAUAAAGAUCACGAUCUAGACAAUACAUUGAGCUACAAGUUUUGA